GAAAGUACAAUUCCUUUUCAAGUCGUGUUACGGAAAAUAGAAAGCGUAGCCUACUUGCCGAAAGUCUUGUUACCAGGAUACAAGUUAAGAUCUGGGUCGGCAACUGAUGUAACCGACAUGGCUGUACAGUAACAGUCAUGUUAUACAUAAUGAUAGUAUGAAACUUGAUAUCGAAGGCAGACCUGAUCAUAAUAAUAAUAAUAAUAAUAAUAAUAAUAAUAAUAAUAAUAAUAAUAAUAAUAAUGUGCAAUUUCAUCUCGGAUCCAAAAUAACCAAAAUAAAUUGGCAGUAGACAUAGCUAUUUGAAAUGACUUAGCCUAAUAUUCCCUGCUAUUGUAUGAUUCAACUAUAGCCUACAUUUAGGCUAUCAUAAGCUACAGCUAUAUAUUACAUUCUGUCAAUCACUGGGUAAACAAUCUCACUACUGGUGGACUUCCCACUCUCCAAUGCCCUUUUUCAUGAUUGUAAAAAAUAGAGGUGGAUCGCAUACAAAAUAAAUUAAACAAGUCAACCAACGUUGGACUGACUACAGAAUGGACAAAUCUUAGAUUGGACUCGACAAUACGUUUUUAAAAUGUAGCCUACAUAUCAGUAUAGCUUUUUUUUUGCAUAACAAAAAAAUAAUCUAUGUAUAUAGCUUACAGUAUUCAUGUUAUUCAAUAUUUAAAAUGCCGGCAAUUUUAUCAUCGCGAGAUAUAAAUAGUUGGACACAUCUGUUUUGUUUUGUUGCAAAGAUGGAGACAUUAAACAAUUAUCCUAAAUUUUGUUUGACUACAUUGUAUUUACAUAUUUAGUAGGCCUUCUAGUACAUUUUAUUAUAAAAUAGAUACCAAUGUCAUACUAGGCCUACGCCAACAACCGCCAAUGAACUCAAAUACGACUACAGUGAUUUUAAUGUUAAUUAUUCAUUCUUCCGUCCGUCUGUAAAUGUUUGAAAUGUAAUUCUUAAAUGAAGUAAGGACCUUAAACCAAUUAAAUAGGCUACCAAGAUAAUUUUGAUGUACAGUUUUAAAUUACAUAUUUGUUUCGUUAAUAACUAACUGACCAGUAGACGGCACUGUUGGUACAUAACAAUGUUGCACCGUCCUGUCCAAAUUUCUUUAUGGACCUUUGAGGUAGCCUAUGUGCAUUUCUACAUUAACUAUAAAUAUGCUCUGAGUGUAUUCUUCUAGACUUUCAGGUAAAAGUUUUUAUAUAUUCUAUUUUUUCAAGUUACUUCCAAAAAAUAACAACAUAUCAAGUCCACUUUGAGUUAAAUGUAAAUAUAUUUAACCACUGGCUCUAUAUGUCAACCCAUUUCGAACCAUGGGGAGAAAGUUUGGCCGAUGACAAGCAGUUUUCUUUAUCAUUUGAGGCGAUGGGCGUUCAAGCAACAAAGGUCUUAAAUAGCAUUGUGGUGGUAAACAAACGAGCUUUUGCCUGGCCGACAUGGCAACACCAGCCGAGACAAAACUUAUUUAUAUUAAGGUAGGUUCUUCAUUCAACUUAAUCCAUUGAGGCCCUUUCAUUUUAAUAACGAAGGCACACCUUACGUUACCAGAAACAUAGGCAGACCUAAAGUUUUAACGUAACCAUUGAGAUGUCAACGUGUAAGUAAUAAGUAAUAUUGAACAAAUAGUAUUAACAAGUUUUUUUCAGAAAUAUCCGUUUUGAGAACAUGCGGUUUACUUUGUAUCAUUAAUGAAUAUUAUUAUACGAAUCUAUGAAUAUUAUAAAAAUCUAUGGAUUUUACAAUGAAAUGCGGGGAAUGUUUAGGCUACUUUAAUGUAAAAUAGUCGGUUAGGCUAUAUGCCAUUUAAUUCCGAACGUAAUAUAAGUGGGCCUCGUCCAGUUCAUUCGCAUAUAAAGUGUAUCGGUAACGAAGACUAAUAUGAUUUGCGUGGGACAGUACUUCGCAGAAUGAGAGCCAUCUAAAAUAUCAUGUAAAUAACGCUCGCUACAAUAAUGAAUAUGAAGCGACCAUUGGCUAACUUUAAAGUGGUCUCUGCCUCACAGUACCAACACUAACCGCGAGUAACCCCGCCUCUUUAUGCCAAUAAAAGACACAGUCCUGGCUGAGCGAACAGUCGCUCCGUGAUUGGUUAGGUAAAACCCAUUUAUUCCCUGACAGCCCCCGUCACAUGAAUGGUUGUCUAUUAACUUGUUCAAAAAGUAUUUGGAGUUGUCAAGGCUCCUACGAAGAGGGAGAACUAGUCGUUGAUUCUUAAAAAUCCAAGAGAGAAGUUCGUGGAGCAAUAGAGGAUCCACCUGGUGAAGAGAAAAAAGUUUCUGAAAGCAAAUAGGAAAUAACGACGAACGGCCUCUGGCUUGGAGUUUUGUUCUUUUUGGAGAAGCAAGUGACAAACAACCAGUUGAAAUGUAUAGCAUGAUGGAAACCGAACUGAAACCUCCCGCCCCACAGACAACUUCUGUGGUUACGGGGAAUUCUAAUGCUUCGGGAAACAACCAGAAAAACAGCCCGGAUCGAGUCAAGAGACCGAUGAACGCGUUUAUGGUUUGGUCCAGGGGCCAACGUAGAAAAAUGGCACAGGAGAAUCCAAAAAUGCACAAUUCCGAAAUUAGCAAACGACUCGGGGCAGAGUGGAAACUUCUAUCCGAAAGCGAGAAGCGACCUUUCAUCGACGAAGCGAAGCGUCUCCGUGCUCUUCACAUGAAGGAGCAUCCGGAUUACAAAUACAGACCCCGGCGGAAAACCAAAACGCUGAUGAAAAAGGACAAGUACACCCUGCCAGGUGGGCUUCUUGCGCCGGGCGGUAAUGCUCUGAGCGCCGGGGUGGGGGCUGGUUUGGGUGCGGGAGUAAAUCAGAGAAUGGACAGUUAUGCACACAUGAAUGGUUGGACCAACGGAGGCUAUGGCAUGAUGCAGGAACAGCUCGGCUACUCGCAGCACCCUGGUUUAAAUGCUCACAACACGGCACAGAUGCAGAGCAUGCACCGCUACGACAUGAGCGCACUUCAGUACACUUCUAUGACCAAUUCACAGACCUACAUGAACGGAUCCCCCACAUACAGCAUGUCAUACUCUCAGCAGAACACUCCAGGUAUGACUCUUGGUUCUAUGAGUUCGGUGGUAAAGUCGGAAUCCAGUUCUAGUCCACCCGUAGUCACUUCCUCGGCUCAUUCGAGGGCUGCCCCGUGUCAGACCGGAGAUCUUCGGGAUAUGAUAAGCAUGUACCUACCGGGAGCUGAAGUCCCGGAACAAACAGCCCAAAGCAGACUUCACAUGUCUCAGCAUUACCAGACCGCCCCGGUACCUGGCGCGACCAUUAACGGCACAUUGCCUUUAUCACAUUUGUAAAGUACGUUUCUUCACAGAAACCGGACUAUUUUUGUACAGAACAUUUUGCGGGACAAGGGAAAAGUUUAUAGUACUGAAGGAAAAACCUCAAACUUUCUUUUUCUUAAAGCAAGGUUUAAAUGAACGGAUGAAAUGUUUUUUCUUUUCAAAGGGAUACCAUAUUUUGGAAAUUGAGAAAUCUCCUCUUGUCAGUUGUUUUAUUAUCAAGUAACUUUUGUACAGUAUUUAUCAAAACACUUUUCAAUCAACAUGAUUGUGCAUUAUGAGAAUUGUCACAUUUUCUAAACAAAAUUUCUACAGAAGAGAUGCAAUGAAGUGGCAGAGUGGAAAUUUUAAAGAAUUUCUAACAAUGCACAGCGGAGAAAGGGAAAAGAGAUAUAAACCGGUUAAAGGUUUCUCCUUGAAGGUACAUAUAGUGUACUAAACCGUUUUUAGUUUUGUAAGAAAAGUAACGAAUAAUACAAAAAGUACAAGUAAACAUAAUGUUUAAUUUAUAUAUUCGUUUCCCUCUUUCCUCUGUUAAAAACGCGAAUUUUGUGUUUAUACUUUUUGUUGUUUGUAAUAUUUCUGUAGAUAGAUUGUGACAUUUAGUUUUUAUUUUCAUUUCCGUAGUUGUAUUUUCAAAUUUGGCUCUGUAGCCGACACUCCAUGUACAUAAUAAUGAUUUGAACUAAUAACAUCCUUAUAACAGUCACAAUUUCAGUUUUUUUUUUUUUACAAUAUACAGAGUUUGAAAUAAAUAAAUAUUUGAAAUGUG